CUAAAAAUCACAAUUAGAAAUUUUUAUGAUGUCAUAUUGAUAAUACUGUAACUUGGAAAAGAACUGAUCGAAUUCAUGUUUUCAGCAACUUCCAAUAGUUUCUUUUCAACGGUUUGUCGAAAUGGAUAUCGACAUCAAUCAUAAACAUGAUAGGAAGGUGCGGCGAACACAAUCCAGGUCCCAAGAUAUAUAUUUACGUCUUCUAGUCAAAUUAUAUUGAUAUUUGGCGAGAAAGACACAUUCAAAGUUUAACAAGAUCAUCUUAAAACUGUUCUUUAUGAGCAUAAUUCAUCGACCACCCAUUUCACUCUCACGGAUUGUGCGGUCAAUGAAGAAGCCUGGACGGGAAAAUUACAUUGCAAUAGCUGUUGGUACAGUCACAGAUGAUGCUAGGAUCUUUGAGAUACCAAAAUUGACAGUUUGUGCUUUACGUAUGACGGAAAAAGCUCAGGCGCGUAUUUUGAAUGCCAAUGGUGAAAUUCUAACAUUUGAUCAAUUGAUAUUACGCAAUCCUAUUGGAAAACACACUGUUUUGAUGCAAAGUCCACGUAAAGAUUGUGAAAGUGUGAAACACUUUGGACUAGCACCUGGUGUGCUGCACUCUCACACAAAACCAUACAUACGUUUCAAAAGGAAAUUUGAAAAAGCAAGAAGUCGUAGGCGCAGGUUUGCAAUAAUUAAAUUUAUACUCAAAUAGAUCACAUACCAAUCU